GAGAAUCAGAGUCUGUAAAUAGGAUAGUUACUUGUAUUAUACGAAGCCAAUAUUCCCAAUAACCCUAGCUACUUGAUCACUGAUUUCACUUGGUAUUGGCUUAGAUCUGGUUCUUCUCACUGACUAGAUUGGAUCAGAUUGGAUGUUUGCUCGCAAUAACACGGAUAAAAAGUUCCAGUCGAAGAUGAUGAUCACAAAUAUUACAUAAAGUACGGGAAUGUGUAAAGAACAGCUGAGCGGUGUGUUUUAUCAUGGCUUAGAAUAUCCAUAAUUUGUGGCCUCGAACGAAAAGGUGUGGACAGUGGAAGGGGAAGUGACGUAGACGAGAUAAGAAUGUGAAUACAGUGCACGUGACGAUCAGUGGAUACUUUGAUUGAACCUAAUAAUGUCAAAGUAGAUACUUGAUAUCUUCUCGUGACGUAUAAUUGGAUUGUGUCGCCACAUCGCCGUUGUUUUCCGGAAGUAGUAAAUCACUAUCGAAUCGGUACGUUUUUUUAUGAAUGAAGUCAACCAUUGGUUACCGGAUGUUGCCAAGUAUUCUUGAUUUUUUUUAAUAGAAGUAACCCAGCAUAUUCUAUUCCUCCUGAUGCAUGAGCUUUUACUACUAGUGUUGAUGGUUGGCAGGAAGUGACGUGUGAAGGUUGAUGAACAGACUAAUGAUUGUCAUAGCUGAGUACCUGCGAAUCAUACGGGAAUGGUUUCACGGUGACAAGAUUAGGUUGGCAGGAAGUGACGUGUGAAGGUGUAUUUCGCAUGUAACACGUUGAUGAAUAUAUAAUUUGUUGAUGAAUAGACUAAUGAUUGCCAUAGCCGAGUAUCCACGUAUAAUAUAAGCAUGUUGUCAUGGUGACAAGAUUAGGCUAAAGUAGAUUAUUAUACAUCUAAAUUAUGUUACGUGUUUGUUUCUUAAUGUUAAAAGUGCCAUUAGUCCUAGUAGUUGCCAUGGUGCUAUUUUCAUUAUACCAAAUAAUAUGCUCUGUAACCAUGGUAACGACCUACAACCACAAUGAACCAUAUAUGGAACCAGAACUCAGACAUACAACGCUUCUUCCAAGUAGCAAAUUAUUAUUUCCUGCCAUCAGAAAUAUGACGUUUAAUAAAAAUAUUUCUCUCAUUGGCAAGAUGCAGACGACAUAUUUCGAUGACAUGUCGUAUUCCAAUCUGUUUAUGUAUUUUCAACCAAUCAUUACACCAGACGAGCGGAACUUCAUGUUGUUGACCUUUGACACGUUCAUCCGCGCCUGUCAAUCAGCUAAUAUUACGUACUUCCUGUAUGGUGGAACACUACUGGGUGCUUAUAGACAUCAUGGAAUUAUACCGUGGGAUGACGAUAUUGACGUCAUGUUGAAUUAUUCCGAGAAACAGACAAUUAGAGCAGUUUUAUCAAAUAUUCCCAACUUUGGUUUAUUUUCUCCGUAUAAAAGACAAUGGAAGUUCUAUCAUAAGGGCUUAACGACUUUAAAAACAAAACCAUAUCGAUGGCCAUUUAUCGAUAUCUUCCUAUUCGGAGAAAAUGAAACCCAUAUAUGGGACAACAUACCUCAUUAUAAAGAAGACUUUGUUUAUAAAAAAUCCGACGUGUUCCCUUUACAAUAUCGACCGUUUGAAGAAGUGUUAUUACCUGUUCCGUGUUAUAUAUUAAAUGUAUUAGUGACGAACUAUUUAAUACAUGUCUGUUCAACCACCAACUAUUUACAUAAAAUAGAAGCAGGUUCUCCAUCCAUCUAUAAAAAAAAUGUCUCUUGUAAAAAAUUAUAUGCAAUUUAUCCUUUUGUAUUUCGCCAUCAAACAUCUGAUUCUGUUAUUGAAAGUUUGAUGAUGAAUGGACGUAAGAUACGAUCGGUUACUCUGCCUAAAUAUUAUUAGUUUUUAGAAUGUCAUAUCCAUUAGACGACUUAGUGUAUGUUUAUUAAAAACGAUAAUGGCGUCUUUGAUAUGUCGAAAAAUAAAACAGUGAAGAUCCA